GUACACUACAUUUAAGUACAUAAGGUACCUACAUUUGUAAAUGGGAAGGCACUAGAUAUUUGUAAGAAUUGCAAACUGAAUAGCACAUAAUGACGUCUCCUCGAAUACAACCUACUCUAGAUUAUUUCUCCGAAUUUCCCUGGGAGUUCUGCAAACAUUCUUAUAAGGCAAAAGGUUAACGAGGAGUCGAGGACAAGGUUGACACCAGCAUAUUUAUUCACUCAAUGACAUUUUGCCAAUCUCGCCAAUAUCAUCACAGAGACUGCAUUAAAUAAGACAUGUAGCCAAGACAUGUAUAAACGAUUUCAAUAUCGUCAGAAGGUUCCUACGCCAAGGGACAUUAUAAGAACGUUGAAAACAAGACGUAAAUAAAAUGCCUCUCAACUUCCCGCCUAUCUAUCUAUUACCUACUCAUAUCGAACCUGACGAGUUGCCAGAACUGGAGAGUAAAAUACCUACUUUGACCCAUGACAUCGAUGAGUCUAGUAUCAUCCUGGGCAAAAUAUCUAAUAAGGAAAGGGCAAAGUUCGAACUAAGGCGAAGAAGCGUUCUGACUGAAGAUAUCAAUUUAUCCCCCACCCCUCCCCUUAUUCCAGAGACGCAGACAGGUGGCUCAUCUCCCCCACAAAAGCGAAGAAAGCUCUUAAGCUCAGUCUCUUCUAAAAUCACGCGUGAUUAUAGACGGACGCCUGGAUCCGAAGAAGAGAGCCUUGAUGAUGGCGUGGGUACUUUUAGUAAGGCUAGUUGGGAAGACCAGAAGUUAGGGGGUACCACAGACGAAGACGACAACCCUAUCGUCAGAGUUGUAAAACUGUCUUGGUUUAUCGACUGCUUGGCCCAGGACUCUAUACUUCCAAUAGAUAAGUAUUUGAUAUAUCAAGGUCGCAGAAUACAAAAGAUAUCUAACAAACCUCCGCCGAACCCUGAUGAUAUCCUUAGACGUGCUCGGCAAGAAGGAGGAGACAGAAGCUCUACUGCAAGAGGAGGCUUUUCAAAUGCCUAUGCGUCUAUUUCACGGCAUUACAGAACAUCUGCUCAUACAAAACGCCCUGAGUUAAUCCACGAAUCGACGGAAGAGGAUGAGGGUCGCUCACACAUGCCACCGAUUCCAGACUAUUUACACACGACUUACUCUUGCCAGCGUCCAACCCCUGCAAGCCCCCCUAACGAGUCUUUUAUCGACGAGCUAGAAAAGAUUCGGACGCUCAGAACCCUCGAGGGUGACAAGAUAGGCGUCAGAGCCUACUCUACAAGUAUCGCCUCCUUGUCAGCUUACCCUUAUCUCAUUUCGCACUCAGCUGAAGUGGCCAAACUACCUGGCUGUGGCGAUAAAAUUGCCACGCUAUAUCAACAAUGGAAAGCGAAUGGAUACUUGGAAGAAGUUGAAGAGGCAAAGAAGGACCCGAAAAUGACCGCACUGCAAUUAUUCUACAAUAUAUGGGGCGUCGCAGAUACUACCGCUCGAGAGUUCUAUAAUAAAGGAUGGCGAGAUCUCGACGACAUCAUUGAAUACGGGUGGGAUAGUCUAAGCCGAGUUCAACAGAUCGGUGUCAAGUACUAUGACGAACUACAGGAGAAAUUACCUCGCCGCGAAGUUGAGGAAAUCGGGCAAGUUAUACUAAACCACGCUAAUAAGAUCCACAAGGGUUUCGAGAUGGUUAUUGCCGGAGGCUAUAGAAGAGGUAAGAGCGAAAGCAGCGAUGUUGAUAUUGUCCUUAGCCACCCCGAUGCAGUCGCCACCGUUGACUCUGUCGUGGCUAUUGUCAACAGUCUUGAGAAGGAUGAGCAUAUAACUCACACGCUCGUUCUGAGCACCAAGAAUAGCGAGCGUGGGCAGACCCCAGUGUCGUGGAAGGGACAGGACCGUAAAGCAGGCGCUGGAUUUGACACCCUGGAUAAAGCCCUAGUGGUGUGGCAGAAUCCACACUGGGACAAGACCGCAUCAUCCAAGAACCCGAAUCCCCAUAGGAGAGUUGACAUCAUUAUCAGUCCAUGGAAGACGGCGGGCUGUGCCGUAAUUGGUUGGACGGGGGGCACGACGUUCCAGCGAGAUCUUCGGAGAUACUGCAAGCAUGAAAAGGCUCUCAGGUUCGAUAGUAGCGGCGUACGGAGUCAGACAGACGGAAGCUGGGUAGAUCUCGAGAGUGACGCGAACGGUCCAGCCCCAGAUAUGCUCACGGCAGAGAAGCGGGUUUUUGAGAGGCUUGGACUUGAAUGGCGUCCGCCGGAAGAAAGAUGUACGCGAUGAUUACGUUUGCGGUCUAAACUUCUUAAUGAUGACCUAUUGAUCAAAUUGAAGAUGGUGUUAAUUGUGGCCACGAAAAUUAUGUUGCAACUAGGGCUAUCGCUAUAAUAGGAGUUUAUCAAGUCAAAGGGAUGGGAUUUCGAGCCCUAUAGCCCCUGAGGGUGAUAGAUAUUUGCAAUACUUACCCCAUUAUCCGUUUGA